AUUAUGAUUUUUAAUUAUAUCUAAAUUAUUCAUAAAAUUAUCAUAUUUCGUUUUAUGUAUAUAACAAUUUAUUUAUUUUUUUAAUAAAAUUAAAUAAAAAAAAAGACAAUUUUAACAAGGAAGUAUCAAUGUCCUUCGCCGGUCAUAAAGCCAUUUUCAACGGCAACAAAUAGCUGACACGUAGAAUAUCUGGCGAUCUUUGCGCGGCCUGCUACCAAAUCUCUUCUCUUCUCUGUGCUCCAACUUCAACAUUCGUUCUCUCCGAGAUUUUUUUUUUUACUAUUUUUUUAAAUUUCUGUUUCAGCGAAAAUAGUCUCUGUUUCCCUCAUUCAGACAGUGAAAUCUCCAUUGUGGAUCAUUUCAAAGUUUCAGUCUUCAUUUCCAAGAAUCUGUGAACACUGGAAUGGAUUGUUGGGUCUUGUUGGGAAUCUGGAUUUAACUUCACUUAUCAAGGGUCUCUUUUCUAUGUUGUACAGUUUUGGGUUUGUGAGAAUGAUGAAAGAUUCAGUUCGUGAUAUUCUUUUAUAUGGUUAGGACCUGGUAUAAUCUCGAUUGAGUUUAUAGGAUUUUUGUGGGAUUUUGCUUUUUAUGUUUGCCAGUUAUUUAGUUGCUAAGAAAAUGGAAAAAAAUGAAAGGAGGUGGAAUCUUGGUUUUGUGGGAUUUUGCUUUUAUGCCCUAUCGUGUUUUUAAGUUUCUAAAAAUGGCGAUAUCAGCUGAGCCAAGUACUUACUUUAGGUUUAGUUAAGUGGGUUUGUUGCUUUCUUGAACAUUGAAUAUGUGGAAUAUGUGAAAUUUGAGAUUUUAGAUUUUUUUCUUUCUCAGUGAACGAAGAGCAUUAGGAUUUUGGAAUUUUGGGAUUCAGUUUGUCGACAUAUGGAUACUUCAGGGUUGGGAGGGCGGUUUUUGUCAGGUCCAACCAGUGGAUUAUUAGACCUUGAAUCGCCAAUUCAUCGUCGAAAUCAUAUGAAUUUAAUGGGUGGGCUUGAUAAUGAUCAUCAAACCAUGGGGCUAAUGGAAGUGAAAGGUUCAAUCCCAAAAGGAUAUUCAGCAAAUUUCAAUAAAGGGAAAGCACUUAGCCCUCUUGAUGCCACAAAUAAUGGCAAUGCGAGUGAAGAUGAUGAGCCAAGCUUUACAGACGACGGGAAUGGUGAGAGCACUAGUGGGGCUAAGAGUAAGAAUGGAUCCCCAUGGCAGCGAAUGAAAUGGACAGAUAAUGUGGUUAGGCUUCUGAUAGCAGUGGUUGCUUGUGUGGGUGAUGAUGGUGCAUUUGAGGGUGUUGACAGGCUUAAGAGGAAAUCUGGGAUUCUGCAGAAGAAAGGUAAGUGGAAAACAGUGUCGAAGAUAAUGAUCAGUAAGGGCUGUCAUGUUUCGCCACAACAGUGUGAGGAUAAGUUUAAUGAUUUGAAUAAGAGGUACAAAAGGUUGAAUGAUAUUCUUGGAAGGGGAACCAGUUGUAGAGUGGUGGAGAACCCUGCUCUUAUGGAUUCAAAGCCUCAUCUUUCCGCUAAGGCAAAGGAUGAUGUUAGAAAGAUAUUGAACUCAAAACAUUUAUUUUAUAAGGAAAUGUGUGCUUACCAUAAUGGACAGAGGAUACCCAACUGCCAAGAUCUUGAUCUACAAGGCUGCUCACUACCCCUUGAAAGGUGCUCAAAAGACAACAAUGGCUCGGAGAAAGAGGAAGCUGAGGGUCAUGAUGAUAGUGAUGAUGAUGAAUCGGAUAAUGAAGAUGACAGUAAUGCUAAUGAGGAUGGGGAGAGGAUGGGCAAGUAUGAGAGGAAUAAAGUAAAUGAAGAGGAUGCCCAUCUUUGGUCUCAAUCAGGUGGAUGCGGUGGCUUUGACGUUGAAAUGGCUCAAGAUCCUACGGUGUCAUUAUGGGAGAAAAAGGAGUCGGUUAAGAAACAGAAGUUGCAACUUCUGGAGCAGAGAGUCAGCAUCCAGGCUCAAGCGUUUGAGCUUGAGAAGCAACGCUUCAAGUGGUUGAGAUACUGCAGCAAGAAAGAUAGGGAGUUUGAGAGAUUAAGGCUAGAAAAUGAGAGGAUGAGACUAGAGAAUGAGCAAAGCAUAUUGCAACUGAGGCAGAAGCAACUGGAAAUGGAUUUCAGGAGCUCAAAAACAUCUCGAGACCCCACUUCCCUCGGUGUUGACAAAAUGCAAGCAAGAGAUCAAAUUGAUCUGGGAAGGCAUCAAUAGAUCCUUCAAAGUUUGAAGAACUGACAAUCCACUCCCGCUAUCUUUUAUGGUUGUCCCUGGUGGAACUUUCCUAGCUUUGUGUAAAUGGAUUGCAUACCACGUGUAUUACUUUAGAUUAACCUUAGGAAUGUCUGAAGCAGGAGGGUGCCAAAUCUCUGUUCAAGGGUGCUGGUUCAAACAUCCUUGGUGCAAUUGCAGGUACUGGUGCCCUUGCGGGAUAUGACGAGCUUCAGGUCAUUGUGUUAGGAAGUUUGGUUCUGACGGGGCUGAUAGAUUAAGAUCGCCAGCACUUUCCUUCAUUCUUUUGUACUUUAAUCUGACGGGUUAAACGUUGUUUUAGUUUUUGAAGAAUUUUGUUCUGUUGUGCUCAUUGAUUUUUUAAUACAUAUAUUUGGUUUAGACGUCAUUAUGUAUAUAA